GCUGGAGUGAUGGGGAGGAGGAGGAGGAGGAGGGAAAAGUCGUGACGUCACGGGCUUCCUCGUCCAACACAUGACAUGUUUCGAUACAACUGUGAAACCUAGAAACGUUUUCAGCGUUUGUUUUGAUCAUCAGGUGACUGCAGCUUUGACACCAGCUCCACAUGGGGCGGAUAGAGCGAUGACCCCACCCUGCUCGGCCUGUGGGACAUGUAGAGUGCUGCGUGGACGAGAAGAGCGGAGAGAAGUAGCAAAGGAUGGGAAGGAGGGUAUGGGGCCUCUGCCAGGGCGCCUCAACAGCUGUGCUCUAUGGCUCCCUGGCACUGUUCGUCUCCAUUCUCCACAACGUCUUCUUACUGUAUUACGUGGAGACCUUUGUGUCUGUUUACAAGAUCGACAAGUUAUCGUUUUGGGUGGGAGAGACUGUGUUUCUGAUAUGGAACAGCCUGAACGACCCUCUUUUUGGCUGGCUGAGUGACCGUUCAUUCCUGAGCUCUCCUCAGUCUGGGUCCCAGAUCACAUCCCCUGAGGUGGUUUUAAAGCGUCUACAGGCACUCUCCCGUAGCGGGCCUCUCUUUGCCCUCUCGUUCCUGGCCUUCUGGGUGUCCUGGACCUGGCCUGGACUGCAGUUCCUCAUCUGCCUGUGCCUUUACGAUGGCUUCCUCACAGUGGUCGACCUCAACCACAACGCCCUCCUGGCUGAUCUGGCCGUGUCUGCACAUGACCGCACACGCCUCAACUUCCACAGUUCCUUGUUUAGUGCAUUGGGCUCACUGUCUGUUUUCCUCUCUUACUGCUUCUGGAACAAGGAAGACUUUUACUCCUUCAGGCUCUUCUGUGUGACUCUAGCCACUGUCUCAAUGCUAGGCUUUUUCAUUGUUUCACGUCUCCUGCGGCACCGGUUUGAGAAUGAAGUCCAUCCACGCAAGAACGAGAGCCAAGCACUCACUGAACUGAGUGUCGGUCAAGCUCCUUUUACCUCACCUGAGCAGCCAGUCACUCUUGGAGAAUAUCUAAAGCAGCUGUCACGCCACAAGAAUUUUAUGUGGUUUGCCUCCAUGAACCUUGUACAGGUAUUCCACUGCCAUUUCAACAGCAAUUUCUUUCCACUGUUUUUGGAGCACCUCCUGUCAGACCGUAUCUCUGCCUCCACCGGUUCCUUCCUGCUGGGGUUUUCUUACAUUGCACCUCAUCUGAACAAUCUCUACUUCUUAACGCUGUGCCAAAGACUGGGUGUGUACCAGGUUGUCCGCGGGCUCUUCCUCCUGAAGCUGGGCCUCAGCAUAGCCAUGCUUCUAGCCGGGGCGGACCAGGUGUACCUGCUCUGCAUCUUUAUUGCUAGUAAUCGUGUCUUCACCGAGGGCACUUGUAAACUUCUGAACCUGGUGAUCACAGACCUAGUGGAUGAGGACUUUGUGUUGAACCACCGGCAACAAGCAGCUUCUGCCCUGCUCUUUGGUAUGGUUGCCUUGGUAACCAAGCCUGGUCAGACCUUUGCCCCUCUUGUUGGUACCUGGCUGCUGUGUCUCUACACAGGAUAUGACAUCUUCGAGAGGAACUCAGCGGCAGAAGCACCGAUUGCAGCUCCUGCGGUUCCUGUGCCACUGCGUCAGGGUUGCUUUUACCUGCUGGUGUUUGUGCCCAUUUCCUGUGCCCUUCUGCAGCUGCUGGCAUGGUCUCGCUUCACUCUGCAUGGGCGAAGGCUACAAAACAUCAAGUCCCUAAGGCAAGGUGCCCAACACAGCCACCUCAUUGAUGUCAAGGCUAUCUAAUACUCCUGUAGGGAGGGGAAAAGGAAGGAGAGAUGAGUCGUGGACAUUCCCCAAGUCCAGGCAUGCUGCCAACAGACACUGAAUGGAGAAUGGUGACGCCAAAUACUGCAAAAGACACUUGAGAGAGAAUGUAUGGUCCCAUCUUAUUGAAACCUGCCUUAAUUUACUAUGUUUCCUAACUAUUGAGUAUUUAUAUUGAGUAUGUGACCAAAUAUGAAAGAACAGUUCAAACAAUCUUGUGAUUUGGGACCAUAUUGAACAGUACUGCCACCCAAACUGUUUGUUUCUGAAGUUUCAAUGUAUAGUUAUAUGGGUUGAUAAUCAAGCCAAAUCUAAUCACAUCUCCCUUAACUGUAUGUUUUAACUAUAUGUAAAAAACCCACACUGUGUUCUGAGAAAGGGCAUGUUUACAGUAAGUGUUCAGCAGCAUUCCAGGGAUACAUGGAAUUGCAUGGAUAUCUGUGGUGUUUGUAAUACUUUCAGGACUUAUACAUUGUCUUUGUAAUUCAGCCAGCUGUUGAAGUUGUUUUGUGGCUUGUAACAUCUGUUUUAUAUGACUUUUCGAAAUUCAUUCAGUUGCUCUCAAUGAUGAUCAUUACUGAAAAAGUAUAUAUUAUAGUUCACAUGAACGUAAAUACAAACUGUGUGUUGUGCUAGCAUGUAUAACUUAUUUUUGUACAAAAUGUCCAAAUUCACUUUAUUUUAGUGUUUAGAGGCAGAGUUGUCAAUUUGACUGAUGAAAUUUAAGUAAUUUCUUGGCCAGUUUGACGUUAAAAUUAAAAAGUUACAGAAAUAGUUUUGUAUAAUGGUUUUCCAAAUUACAAUUUUUAUUGGCAAAUUUAUAUUCUUAACUUUUAGUAAAGAUACCAUUCUUGACACAUUUGUGAAAUUGGAUUUCACUAUUUCAACUGUAUGAUUGUUGCAAUAAAUAAAUAAAUAAACAAGGAGACACAUCUUACUAUUUUUUGUAUUUUAGGCCGUGGUGGUUACAUUUUCUGUUUGUCAACUACUGGUUGGUGCACAAUGGGCACAUCUGAUAUUUUAGUCUUAUUUUAUGGUUAUUUAUUCUAGGAAACAUUUGGAAAAUGUUCAAACAUUUACACAGAUGAGCUAUGGAUUAUUAGGAUAUAUGAGUUCUUUUAGUGCUUUUGCCCAUUGUUCAAAUAAUUUUGCUUGCAAAAUAAAAGUUGUUUCAUAACAGUAA